AUGGCGCUCAGUUUCUUCAGCGGCGGCGGCAGUGCGAGCCACGCAAAGUACUUUGACAUCCGCCUCGACGAGGACUACAUCGUCUUUCGCGGUGGUGAGCAGGAAGCUGCCAGCGCCCACCUGAGUGGAAAGCUCAUUCUCUGCUUGUCCGAACCCAUUUCUAUCAAGCAUAUUCGCCUCCAUUUGACGGGUAUCUCGCGUGUCUGCUGGCACCUCCCCUCAACGUCUGCUGGCGGCGGGCGCAAGAAUUGGCGAGAGCGCGUCUUUUACGAGAAAACAUGGCGAUUCCGAGAUGCCGGCAAGAGCAAGACCGAAAUCCUCCCCGCGGGCAACUAUGAAUACCCAUUCGAGAUCAUCUUGGAAGGCUCGAUGCCGGAGAGCGUCGAGGGUCUCUCGGACACCUAUGUCACCUACCGCUUCAAAGCAGAAAUCGGUCGCAAGUACGCAAAGGACAUUAUUGUUCGGAGGCCCCUCCGUAUUAUUCGCACCCUGGAGUCGAGCGCCCUGGAGCUUUCACACGCUAUGUCGGUCGAAAACAUCUGGCCAAACAAAAUCGAGUACUCGAUUAGCACGCCGACCAAGGCUGUCAUCUUCGGCACGAGCAUCCGUGUUGACUUCAAGCUGAUCCCUCUCUUGAAGGGUCUCGGGAUUGGACAGAUUAUCUCGCAAUUGGUCGAAACACACGACCUCACCCUCAACCCAGAAGACCCGGAUUCGAUUCGCAAUACCUACAAAACUACGAGGACGAUAAUCAACGACGAACACAAGCUGGAUGACGACAACCACCUGGAAAUAAUUGAUGAGGCGGCCGAGGGCUAUCAGUUUUCUCGCGUGUUGGAUUUGCCCAAGACCUUGACAAGAUGCCUGCAAGAUACAGACACAAGGGGGAUCAAAAUUCGGCACAAGUUGAAGUUCAGAGUUCAACUACUCAAUCCUGACGGCCAUAUUAGCGAGUUACGAGCCACUCUACCCGUCUCGAUCUUCAUCUCCCCGAACCUCGCGAUUGACGACAACAACAACCUCGUUGAUUCAACUCCCCAGACCGCCGAAAGAGCGAUUAACAACCUUGCCCAGCAGGCGCCUCCUUUGUACGGGGAGCACCAGUUUGACCAGUUGUACAGCGAAGUCGAUCCUUCCGGCUACCGAACACCCGGCCCCGGAAGCGGCCCUGGCACUCCAUUUGGUACUCUCAGCCGGAAUCUCUCAGCCGAGAACCUCGCUUCCAUGAAUGCAAUUACCAACACCGACAUCUCUGCUUCCGCGUUGCACAACCGUUUAGUUAACCUAGAUGUGCACACGCCCAGUCGUCUUUCUCCCCCCGAGCCUGAGCAUCUUGGCGUCACUUCGGACCCAGGAGCUCACUCAGGAUCCAACACCCAGAGCCCUGGAAGCCCAGUACUUCCGCGACGGCCCUCCGACGAAGUUGACCCUGACCCUCUACCCUCCGGAGUGGCAACACCGUUUCACCCGCACUAUUCGGAGCUGGAGACUCUCAGCCGCGUUCCGAGCUAUUCCACCGCUGUCCGUUCGUCUGUACGGCCGCACGACAAUGACUUGCCAGAUUACCAAGCUGUGGUCGCUAGGGACAUUACUACGUCGACGCCCCAGUCGCCCCAGCCGGCACAUGUCCGCGGUACCGGUCGUGGGGCGGACUCCUAUUUGAGCGCCCCUGUGGACUUUUUCCACCGGCCGCAUUUCCUCCACUCUCGCUCGCAAAGCCAUUCCGACGAUGAGCGCAGGGUUCGCCUAAACCAAGCGAGGGGCAGGGCCUAG